AUGCUCUCCUCCCUCCACCACAUCGCCUCCCUCUACCACUCCUUCGAACACCUCCGCCACACCUACUUCUCCGCGCACGACGAAAUGGCCACCUCGUCCUUCAACCGCGCCGUCGAAACCGUCGAGUUCCUGCGCCUCAAACUCCCGCCGCACCUCAGCAAGCCGCGCGUGGCGAUUGUUUGUGGGAGCGGUUUGGGUGGUUUGGCGGAUACGGUCAAUCGCGGUGGUGAGGGUGAUGUGGUUGAGACGUGGGAGUAUAAGGAUGUGCCGAAUUUUCCUGUUUCGACUGUCGCCGGCCAUGAAGGUAAACUCAUCUUCGGCACAAUGGGUGCAGAGCGAGUACCAGUGGUACUGUUGAAAGGACGUGCGCAUUUCUAUGAAGGUCACGCUAUGGAGACCGUCACUUUCGCCACUCGCGUCUGCAAGCUUCUCGACGUGCAAACCAUGAUCCUUACCAAUGCAGCCGGAGGCCUCAAUCAAGAGUACAGCGUUGGCGACGUGGUCUGCCUCAACGACCAUGUCAAUCUGGCCGGGCUUGUUGGUUUCCACCCCUUGAGAGGACCGAACGAAGAGGACUUCGGCGUACGCUUCCCUCCGCUAUCAGACGCUUACGACAUGUCUCUCCGACAGCUUGCCCACAAGUCCUGGAAGCAGCUGCGGGAGCAAUUUCCUAACCAACGACGGAUGCACGAGGGCGUCUAUGCUUUCGUCGCAGGCCCCACUUACGAGACUCGAGCUGAGUGUCGUAUGCUGCGGAAUCUGGGAGCGGACGUCGUUGGCAUGUCGACCGUGCCGGAGAUCAUCGUGGCCAGACACUCUGGUAUGCGCGUUCUGGCAUUCAGUCUGGUGACCAACAUCUCCGUCCUCGACGCAACUGUGCGUGCCGACGAUCCGGAGGUCAAAGGCAUGACUGGCGAGGAGCUCGAGCAGUACAUGAGCCGUGGACGUGCAAACCACGAGGAGGUGCUGGAGGCCGGGCGAUUGGCGGCGCUGGACAUGCAAGGUCUGGUCCUUCGCAUUGUGUCUCAGCUAUAA